AGCCGGACAAAAUCGUCUGUCCUUCACUAUUGGUUUAAGUUUCUCAUUGAGCUUUUUCUCCAGAAAAGGAAAAAAAAAAAAAACAGGACGAAAAAAUAUUCUGCCAAAUUUUGAAUAAUGAUUUUGGUCAUAGGUUUGCUUUUUUUAUCUCUGUUCGUUGGGUUCAUACUUAAACUGUCGUCUGCAGAUGGGGAUUUUACGUUGUUAUCCAGAGGGAAAGCCAAACAAGAAGAAAUUGAAGAUAAGGUUUUCUGGAUUACGGGCGCCAGCCGUGGAAUUGGGGAGACUCUGUCCAAACAAUUAGCCAAUUUAGGAGCCAAGCUCAUAAUUUCUGCGCGAAAUGAAGCUGAACUGGAAAGAGUCAAAUCGCAGCUUGUUGGUAAACAUGCACCAGAGGGAGUAAAGGUUUUGCCUUUGGAUUUGACAGCUGGUGAAGAGUCUCUAAAAGAAAUUGUAAGGAAAGCACAAUCAUUUUAUCCAGCUAAUGGUGUUGAUUAUAUGAUCCAUAAUGCAGCGAAUGACGUCCACACGAAAACAUCUGCUUUGGACGUGACUGAAGAAAGUCUCAAGGCUACUCUUGAUGUGAAUCUUGUGGGGACGAUAACUCUCACCCAGCUCUUGGCACCUCUCAUGGUGGAAAGAGGAAAAGGCCAUUUUGUAGUGAUGAGCAGUGCUGCUGGGAAGACACCUGCACCCGGUCAGGCUGUGUACUCGGCUUCCAAGUAUGCUUUAAAUGGAUACUUCCACACAUUGCGUUCUGAGCUCUUUCAAAAAGGUAUAAAAGUAACAGUCGUCUGUCCUGGACCUAUAGAUACACCAAAUGGUACUGGAGCAGGCUCUUCUUCACAAAAGGGUUCUUCUGGGAUGGUCUCAUCAGAAAGGUGCGCGGAGCUAACAAUUAUUGCAGCAACGCAUGGACUGAAGGAAGCUUGGAUAUCUGAUCAUCCUGUGCUUACCAUUAUGUACUUGGCGCAAUAUAUGCCAGGAAUUGGCUUUUGGAUUAUGGACAAGAUCGGUGGAGAUCGAGUACGAACUGCGUCAGAGAAGGGAGAUACUGACUCAUGGAGCCUGCUCUUUGGCAAGAAGAAAAUAAAGGCUACUUAAAUGUUGUGGAUUCUCAGGCAUGCAUGUUAUCUUUUGCCAUUUUUUCAUGAGCGAUAACGGUGGCGAAUGAAUGAUUAUACUCCUUACAUACGUGAUUAUCUUUGCCUCCACUCCAUGGCAUCAUAUUUAAACGGGUGAUACGCUGGUGUACUGGUGUUUAUCUUUCUGUCCAGAAAUUAAUGUUUUCUUCCUUUCUAUUGUUUGUUGAUGUUUUGGAACAACUCUCUGUUUUCUUCCUUUCUAUUGUUUGUUGAUGCCAAGCAACAACUCUCUUUCAACUAUAUGUAUAUAUACCUUAAUUUCCAUCCA